AUGCAUAGCUUCUUUACCAUUGCAAAGUUAGUCCUAUUUUCUACGGCUUGGCAACUCGUUAGUGCAGAAGCAGUCCAUCCGUGCGCUCCGAAUUGGGAUGCUCGCGCAGCGAAUGGGAUCGCAUCUUGUCAGGACGACCCGACCGGUGUGAUGUACAACUGUAAAUAUGCGGACUGUUGGACUGGACAAGGAACUGAUACUCAUCCACCACCGGGAAAUCAUGGCGCAGAUGUCACAUACUCAGAUUGUUACAGGUAUAAGGGUGUUUUUGGUAAAUCUGAUCGGGAUAGCCAUAAAGUCACUGUUCAUGCCAAAGCUUACUAUCAGAUUAGGAAAAAAGCCCAUGUUAAUGUGAUCGGUUAUGAAACGUACCCCGGCACAGACCCGCUCUCAGGGUACAGAUGUAAUGAUUUGGAUAAAAAUUACGCAAUUUGUCCAGCUUCCAGUUGCACGGUUCAAACUUGA